AUGGAUGUGGAUGAUGAUCCAAAUCCUGAGAUGUCACCAUCUGGGACGCCGACGCAUCCCAUCGAGAUUUCUAGCAGAUCAUCUUUUCAUGGUUCGCCUUACAAGGGCCCUGAUAUCUGGGCCGAAAGAUGGGCCUCAUACAAGUGGGAGUAUACUCCCCCUCACCGCAACUCGCCACCACACCAGCAGGUCCCUUCUGAGGACCCAUAUUUCCAGCGGUCACACCACCGCCACCGCCACCACCAGCGCCAGAGCAGCCACCGCCUCCCGAACCAUCGAGGCGACGAAGAACUGCAUGGAUGUCCGUGCGUGGGGGUUUCUAUUUCAGCACCCCCCCAACACUCCAGCAACAGCAACUACCCGUCGCUCUAUGAAGACCCGCAAAUGGGUGGGCCUUCAAAUGCAGUUUCUGAAGUCGACUCAGCACUAGUCGCACCAGCACCACCCAUGGGUUAUGAAAACCCAAUUCCUUCUUACCCAGGUGCAGCUGGGUACAACCCGUUUGAGCAGCAAGCUUAUUCGGGUUAUAACUACAACAAUGCACCUGCAGUUGACCCGUACAUUGAAACGGCAAACUACAAUGCUCUCUAUCCCGGACCCUUCCCACCUAUGUACCCAACUGGGUACCCUGCAUAUGGGUAUCAAUACCCAUCGCCUCGUCAACCUCAGCAGCAGCAACCGCCGCAGCUGCCACAAAUUCAACCACCGCAGCAACAAAAAAUUCUUUAG